CAGGGCACACAAUCUGCGCCGUUUUGAUUUAGAACCGCCACUGGGACACGAUUUAGCAAGGCUAGUUUGUUGGUUUGCUUGCCCAGUACACUUGCUCAGUGUGGAAACCCAAUAGGAGGGAGCUUUGUGCGCUAUGGUCAGCUGAAGCACGGCGGCUAAAAAUAAUCCUCGUGCACUAUCCUUCUGCGUGCGAUUACACACUGCUGUCUCGAGCUCUGGGAAUGAAACCCUGUUAAUACGACCAUCUUUCCAGAUCUUUUGCCCAAUCAGGCAGCAUGGCCUUGUCAUUCUGCGGGAACGAUCUCAACGACUCCUACAGCGUCAACAAGGGAGUCCUGAAUAACGGCUGCUUUGUGGAUGCCCUCAACCUUGUUCCACAUGUCUUCUUACUCUUCAUCACCUUCCCUAUCCUCUUCAUUGGUUGGGGCAGUCAGAGCUCGAAGGUGCAAAUCCACCACAACACCUGGCUGCACUUCCCUGGCCAUAAUCCACGCUGGGUCUUGACCUUCACGUUGCUUUUUGUGCACGUGUGCGAGAUCGCAGAGGGAAUCGUCUCCAACACGGAGAUGAAGUCGAAUCACUUGCACCUUUUUCUGCCUGCAUUAAUGGGCUUCAUUGCAGCUACUACAUCAGUGGUCUAUUACCACAAUAUUGAAACUGCCAACUUCCCCAAAUUACUCCUCGCACUGUUCAUCUAUUGGGUGUUGGCGUUCAUCACCAAAAUCAUCAAGCUCUGGAAGUUUGCAGAGGAAGGAGUGAGCAUACAGCAUCUCCGCUUCUGUAUCACGACUCUGCUUGUAGUGCUGUACGGCCUGCUUAUGGCUGUCGAGAUCAACGUCAUACGAGUCAGGAAGUACGUGUUCUUCACAAACCCUCAGCGAGUGAAACCACCAGAGGACCUGCAGGAUCUGGGUGUGCGCUUCCUCCAGCCUUUUGUUAACCUGCUUUCUAAGGCCACGUACUGGUGGAUGAAUCCUCUAAUUAUGGGCGCUCACAAAAGGCCCAUCGAGCUAAAGAAAAUCGGCAAGAUGCCCAUUGCAAUGAGGGCUCUGACCAACUACCUGCGUCUGAGGGAUGCUUAUGAAGAGCAGAGGGAGAAUGCAGAGGAGAUGGGAAAGACGCCAUCCAUAUGGAGGUCCAUGUACCGUGCAUUCGGACGGCCCAUCCUCCUCAGCAGCACCUUCCGCUACAUGGCCGAUCUCCUGGGCUUUGCUGGACCGCUCUGCAUUUCUGGAAUUGUAGAGAACCUGAACCCGGAGAACAAGACCGAAGUAUUCAACAUGACCAAGACAGAGGAUCUACCGUUUGGCGUCUACUUCAUGUCCUCCACGGAGCUCUUCAAAAAGGCGUAUGUCCUGGCUGUGCUUCUCUUCCUGGCUCUGGUGCUCCAGCGCACGUUUUUACAAGCCUCCUACUACGUCACUAUAGAAACAGGCAUCAACCUACGAGGAGCACUGUUGGCAAUGAUCUAUAACAAGAUCUUGCGUCUCUCCACCUCCAACAUGUCUAUGGGAGAGAUGACCCUGGGACAGAUCAACAACCUGGUGGCUAUAGAGACCAACCAGCUGAUGUGGUUCCUGUUUCUGUGCCCUAACUUGUGGGCAAUGCCUGUGCAGAUUGUUAUGGGUGUGAUCCUGCUGUAUUACUUGUUGGGGUUCAGCGCACUCAUUGGUGCACUGGUCAUCGUGCUGCUGGCCCCCAUUCAGUACUUCAUCGCCACCAAGCUGGCUGACACGCAAAAAAACACACUGGACUACUCCACAGACCGCCUGAAAAAAACAACAGAGAUCCUGAAAGGCAUAAAGCUCCUGAAGCUGUAUGCCUGGGAGAACAUUUUCUGUGAUAGUGUCCUGGAGACCAGGAACAAGGAACUCACCAGCCUUAGGACGUUUGCUUUUUACACAUCCAUGUCCAUCUUUAUGAAUGCAGCCAUCCCCAUUGCUGCUGUAUUAGUGACCUUUGUUACUCACGCAUACAUCAGCGACCCUGAGAACAGGCUGAGUCCAGCCAGGGCAUUCGCCUCUCUGGCUCUCUUCCACAUCCUGGUCACACCACUCUUCCUGCUCUCCACCGUGGUCCGAUUUGCAGUUAAGGCACUGGUCAGUGUUCAAAAGCUUGGCGAGUUCUUACAGAGCGAAGAGAUCGGUGAUGACAGUUGGAGAAAUGGAGACAUGGUGAUGAUUUAUGAACCCUACAAGAAAUCCUCUGGGGGUACAAAGGUGAUCAAUAGGAAGCAGCCGCUACGUUAUCAAAUGGAUAACUACGAUCAGCCCAUGCGCAGGCAGCUGCGCCCCACCGAGACUGAAGACGUCGCAGUGAAGGUGACCAAUGGAUACUUCACGUGGGGGAGCAACUUGUCAACCCUGUCUGACAUCAACAUCCGCAUUCCUUCAGGUCAGCUGACCAUGAUUGUGGGCCAGGUGGGUUGUGGGAAAUCCUCACUGCUUUUAGCCAUGCUGGGUGAGAUGCAGAGUCUCAGUGGGAAAGUCUAUUGGAGCAAGCUUCCUGAUUGUGAGAUGUUCCAUGAUGGCUGCAUAAGCGAGUAUGACACAGAUUUUUCCUACGAAGGACGGAGUAAGAACAGGUACUCUGUGGCAUACGCAGCUCAGAAGUCUUGGCUGCUAAAUGCUACUGUAGAGGAAAACAUCACAUUUGGGAGUCCUUUCAACAAGCAGAGAUACAAGGCUGUGAUUGAUGCUUGCUCACUGCAGCCAGAUAUUGAUCUGCUUCCCUUCGGGGACCAGACUGAAAUUGGAGAAAGGGGAAUAAAUCUCAGUGGAGGACAGAGACAGAGGAUCUGUGUGGCCAGAGCUCUGUAUCAAAACACCAACAUUGUUUUUCUGGACGACCCAUUUUCUGCUCUGGACAUCCAUCUAAGUGACCAUCUCAUGCAGGAGGGCAUUCUCAAGUUCUUGCAGGAUGAUAAGCGCACCACGGUCCUAGUUACACACAAGCUGCAGUACCUCAUUCACGCAGACUGGAUCAUAGCAAUGAAGGACGGAUCUGUGUUGAGAGAGGGGACGCUGAAGGACAUCCAGACACACGAUGUGGAGCUCUACGAGCACUGGAAGACUCUCAUGAAUAGGCAGGACCAGGAACUGAAGAAGGACACAGAUUUUGAAAGUCAGACUACUCUUGAGAGGAAAACACUGAGAAGAGCUUUCUAUUCAAGAGAUGCCAAGAACCAAAUUGAUGAUGAAGAUGAAGAAGAGCAGGAGGAGGAAGAUGAAGACGACAACAUGUCCACUACCACCAGCCGCCGUUCAAAAAUCCCAUGGAGGGUUUGCUGGUGUUAUAUGUCCUCUGGUGGAUUUCUCUUGGUUUUCAUGAUGGUUGCCUGCAAGCUGGCCAAACACUCUGUCAUGGUAGCUAUUGAUUAUUGGCUAGCAGCAUGGACCUCCUCAAGCCCGAAUAAUUUCAGUGAUUUCAACCUAGAUGCCAACACCAACUACACUCAGGAGCACAUGACCAUGGAAAGUGCUGAGCAUCAAUCCUAUGUGCCAGUGUUCGUUAUUCUCUGUGGGGCAGGAAUAGUCCUCUGUCUUAUCACGUCUCUGACUGUUGAGUUUUUGGGGCUUUCUGCUGCCACUAAUCUGCACCAUAACUUACUCAAGAAGAUCAUCCAUGCGCCUCUUAGAUUCUUUGACAUUACCCCACUUGGCCAAAUUCUCAACCGUUUCUCUGCAGAUACCAACAUUAUUGAUCAGCACAUUCCUCCUACACUGGAGUCUCUCACUCGAUCCACUCUUCUCUGUCUCUCGGCAAUUGGCAUCAUUGCUUUCGUUACACCGGCUUUCCUUAUUGCCCUGGUGCCCCUCGCAGUGGCCUUCUACUUCAUCCAGAAGUACUUCCGGGUCGCAUCAAAAGAUCUGCAGGACCUAGAUGACUCUACUCAGCUUCCUUUACUCUGCCAUUUUUCUGAGACUGCAGAAGGCCUCACCACCAUUCGAGCAUUCAGGCAUGAGGCACGCUUCAGGCAGAGAAUGCUGGAGUUGACUGACACCAACAACAUAGCUUACCUUUUCCUCUCUGCUGCCAACCGGUGGCUAGAAGUCAGAACAGACUAUUUGGGGGCUGUUAUUGUCCUAACAGCUGCAGUAGCUGCCAUCUGGAUGUCGUCUUAUGGAGUCCAGCCUGGUCUGGUUGGUCUUGGCCUAACUUAUGCUCUUACGGUGACUAAUUAUCUGAACUGGGUAGUGAGGAACCUGGCAGAUCUGGAGGUGCAGAUGGCAGCAGUGAAGAAGGUUAACAGCUUCCUGAGCAUAGAGUCAGAGAACUACGAGGGCUCCAUAGACAUCUCCCAGGUUCCAGAGGACUGGCCUCAGCAUGGUGAAAUUAAGAUCCAGGACUUGUGCGUGAGAUAUGACCAAAUACUGAAACCUGUCCUUAAACAUGUCAAUGCUUUCAUCAAUCCUGGUGAGAAGGUGGGCAUUUGUGGGAGGACAGGCAGUGGAAAGUCCUCGCUGUCUCUGGCUUUUUUCAAUAUGGUGGACAUUUUUGAAGGAAAGAUCAUUAUUGAUGGCAUUGAUAUCUGCAAGCUUCCCCUGCAUACUCUGAGAUCCCGGUUGUCAAUCAUUCUUCAGGAUCCAGUGCUGUUCAGUGGCUCCAUCCGUUUUAACUUGGACCCUGAAUGCACCUGCACCGAUGACAGGCUUUGGGAGGCUUUAGAAAUUGCCCAGCUGAAGAAUAUGGUCAAAGCGCUACCAGGAGGAUUGGAUGCGGUAGUAACUGAAGGAGGAGAAAACUUCAGCGUGGGUCAGAGGCAACUCUUCUGCCUCGCCAGAGCCUUCGUACGUAAGAGCAGCAUCCUCAUCAUGGAUGAGGCCACAGCAUCCAUCGACAUGGCCACGGAGAACAUUUUGCAGAAGGUCGUGAUGACAGCGUUUGCUGACCGCACAGUCGUCACCAUAGCACACCGGGUUCACACUAUCCUGACGGCUGAUCUCGUGAUUGUGAUGAAGAGAGGGAACAUACUCGAGUACGGGAAACCAGAGGCGCUGAUGGAGCAGGAGGACGGCAUGUUCGCCUCCUUCGUCAAAGCAGACAUGUAAACGCAUCCAUCAGUGCACACCUUCACACACACAUACACACUGCUGAAGGAUGGAAGGAAGGAAGGAGUUAUUUCUCAUUUUAUAAACAGGCAGAUUUUCCAGUCUGCCAAUGCCUUUGACCUUUUAGCAACUUACAUUAUAUAACUGCAGUAUUUAACUCUUUUUUUUUUUUUUGGCUCAUGCUUCUUUUUUUUUUUACAUUAAUUUAAUGAUGUGUGUGUGUUCAUGUGAGAAACAGCAGCUAUUUACAGUAUACUUUAUUAACUGGUACUAACACUGUAAGCAGUAGUCAGCACACCUGAGAGCUGACACAAUCUGUCUGUCUAAUGUGCAUUGCUGAAUAUUACUCUGGAUAAUAAAGGGAAAUUUCUUAGCACCACAGAGGCACAAAUUACUAUGCAAAACAUUGUAUCAAGACACUAUAUCAUUUUCCUGUAACAAUCAGGACUUGCAUUAUGGCCCGUUGUAAUGAAUUAUGAGUGUGCUUCCUGGGGACAGAAAAUAUUUUAUUUACAAUAUAUAGAUGUAUGUUAAUGAGCUUUUUUUUUUUUGCCUAAUUGCUGAAACCAAAUUGCAACUGUAAUUGGAGAUUUGUAUUUUGGUUCACCUCUCUCAUGUCUUUGCUUUUAUUCUACAUUUUAACUUGCCUUUAUGUUCCACACAGUGAUUUCUAGCUGACAUCUUUGACACUUUUCUUUCUGUUAGUAUAAACUGUAAAGUCAAAAUAACUGGAUUCUGGAUAUAAAACUAAAGGCUUCAUCAUUUCAACUGAGAGGAUGAUUCUUGAUCCUAUCCAAAUUUUGGAUAGAAAUCAUUUGUUAGCAGCCUGAGAUCAGAUGAGAGCUACAAGGCAGAGUUUUUUAUUGUUUUCUUUUCCAAUUUUUUAGUCACACGAAACACACACAGCUAUUCACUGACUACGUCUUUUGUGACUGCUACUUACUUAUCACAUGCAAAGCGCAUUUGGAGGAGAUGCUCUCUUCCCUAAUCUAUAUAUAUAUAUAUAUAUAUAUAUAUAUAUAUAUAUAUAUAUAUAUAUAUAUAUAUAUAUAUAUAUAUAUAUAUAUAUGAGCUCCUAACUCCUUAUUCUAGGCCAAUGCUACUCUACCGAGUAUAACACCAUCAGACAGGAAGGCCAGUUUUGCUCUUUCAGACUCCAGGCUAUUGAUGUCUGGGCAAGUGCUUGUGUUCUCUUAGAACUUACAUGAAAGAGGCCUUCUGUAAAACUCUGUAACAGUUAUCACAGAGCAAGACUCCACUUAACACCUACUCACAAAGCCAUCCUAACAUCUUUAGCCCAGGUGCGUCACACCAUUUCACACCUCUAUACUCCAGGAACUGUGCUGUGACCUUAACCCCCUUGGGCAUUUUAAUAAUUUUACCGCAUAAUAAUAUGCAGUUAUUACUCUGACUUACUGAGUCACUGUUAGGGAACUGAUGCAUUGGGAAAUGUCCGAAAUUACAAGAGGAAAGAGUCUACGCCUGGACCUCUUUGACAGAAUCGUCUAGGGUUUAGCAGAUUUAAUGUCAUCGUAAGUGUGAAUCACCAAAGAGGUUUGAAUGUCAGAAGUUUUCCCACCACUCGGUAGAACAGAUGAGCAGCGAACCAUCGUCAUCAUUAUAGCAAGUCCAGCUGUUCUGCUUUAUUCCCAUAAGACAUAAACUUCAGACUCAACUCUGGCCUAGUGUGUGUGUGUGUGUGAGUUUUUUUUUUAAUGUUUGAUUUUUUUUAUAUUACUGCUGACAAAAUCUGAUCUAGCCAAGGGAUCUGCGAAACGUGAUCCAUUUGCCUACCAUGGUUUCUCCCCUGAAUUGUAGUGGGGACCACGCUUUAUUUUGUUUUGUUAGGCCAAGUGAACUUUUAUAGUGCUACUCUGGAUACUUUUACAGCCAGCAGAGUUUUUAUAGAGCAGUGUUUCUUCUUCACAAAGCAAAUUACACCCCCUCCUUUGGCUGUAAUAUUUAUCAUACAGUGGUACUGCGUGCCAAAGUCUGCCGGGACACUGAACACUCACUGCGUCCAAUCAUAACAGACACAGACAUAUGACGAAUACUGCUCUCACCAAGGAUGUUGGCCUUACUAAUGUGUAUUUAUAUGUAUUUUCAUAUGAUGCACCAUGUUGUGCAGAAUCACAAUGUUAUGCAAUAUUUCUUACAAGCAUUUUGUGCUGAAUUGUCUUAAAUGUACAUAUGUAAUUACUGUUAACAGCAUAAACGUUUAACAUUAUACUGUAUGCCUACUGUUUUUUUUGUACAAGUGAAUAAAAUCUGCAGUGAGGCC